CGGUCUAGAAAUCAGCCGCCGUUUCGUGGAGUGGCACUGGACUGCGCUUUUUGGCAAAGCAGAUAAAAAAAUCUAGUCUGAAGUGCCUGACAAACAUUCCGUCCGAUUCCGACCACCGACCAAAACCUUCGCAAACCCCUCCGCUGCCGCCAUGGCUCGAUCUCACGCCGACCGCCCCUUCCGCCCGCCGGAUCGGGGUCCGCUGCCGCCGCACCGCUCACAGCAGCACAGCCAGCCGCACCCGCAGACCGCCGCGAUCCUCCUCCUUCGCGCGGGCCCCGAUUUCUCCUCCCCGUCCGCCACGGAGGUCGACGCGCUCGUCGCCGGCCUCCGCCCCGACAGCCUCUCCGUCUUCUCCUCCGGCCGCCACGCCGCUCGCCUCCUCUUCCGCUCCCUCCCUGCGGCCGCGGCCGCGGCGCGUGACCUCUGGUCGCUCCGCCUCGAGGGCCGCCACCUCCUCACCCCGUACCUCCCCGACGCCGCCCUCGCCGCGAAGGCAUUCCCCCUAAUCUCCUCGCUCUUCGCCUCCCACGCCUCCCGCCUCCUCGACUCCGACCUCGUUUCCCGUUUAGCCGCCCGCUCAUCUCAGCUCGCAGCCUCCGUCCAGACUGUCAAGCACCGCCUGCGCGUCCGCCGCAGUAACCUCCGCGACUUCGAUCAGUUCAAUCUCCAGAGGAAAACGCUGGAGGCUGACAAGGAUUUGUUAGACGCUAAAAUUGCCGAGUAUAAAGCAGCAAUGAUGUCGAUACGUCGUGCGAUGCUAAGUGGGACGGAUGAAGAGGAGGAGGUGGACCAGGAGGAGGAGGGGGUUGAUCUGUUUGGGAUUGUGGAAGAUGAUGAUGUGGAUUUUGCGAGGGUGCACACGAUGAUGCUGCGUGAGUGCAGGCGGCUCAAUGAGGGGCUACCAAUCUAUGCAUACCGUAGAAAAAUUCUCAAUCACAUAUUCGCUAACCAGGUUAUGAUCUUAAUUGGGGAAACUGGUUCUGGGAAAAGCACACAAUUGGUUCAGUAUCUUGCUGACUCAGGUCUUGCUGCCAACGGUUCAAUUGUCUGUACCCAACCUCGAAAAAUUGCUGCUAUAACGUUGGCACGUAGAGUAGAUGAAGAAAGCAAUGGCUGCUAUGCAGAAAAUUUUGUGUCGUCAUGUUCAACCUUUUCCUGUUCUCGGGGCUUCAGUUCGAAGAUCAUAUUUGGCACAGAUAGUUAUCUUUUACAUCACUGCAUGAACGAUACGGGCCUGGAUGGCGUUUCAUACAUUAUUGUUGAUGAAGCUCAUGAAAGAAGCUUGAACACCGAUCUUCUCUUAGCUUUGAUAAAGAAGAAGCUGCUUGAUAGGGUGGAUUUGCGACUCAUUAUAAUGUCUGCCACUGCUGAUGCUAAUAGACUAGCUGAAUACUUUUAUGGCUGUCAAACAUUCCAUGUUAAAGGGCGAAAUUUUCCUGUUGAAAUUAAAUAUAUCCCAGAUGUAUCAGUGGAUGCUUCCUUCAAUAUUGUACCGAACUCUCUGAAUGAUGCUUGUGCUACUGCUUCUUAUGUCAAUGAUGUUGUAAGGGUGGUAAGUGUGAUUCACAAGAAUGAAGAAGACGGUGCCAUACUUGCUUUCUUGACAUCUCAACUGGAAGUUGAGUGGGCCUGUGAAAACUUCAGCGAUGCAAGUGCUGUGGUACUUCCUAUGCAUGGAAAGCUUUCCCAUGUAGAACAGAGUCGUGUUUUCAACAGCUACCCCGGUAAGAGAAAAGUUAUCUUCUGCACGAAUAUGGCUGAAACGUCGCUGACCAUCAAAGAAGUGAAGUAUGUUGUUGAUCCUGGACUGGCCAAGGAGAGCAGAUUUGUGCCUAGUAGUGGUCUCAAUGUGCUGAAAGUAAAUUGGAUUUCCCAAAGUUCCGCUAAUCAACGUGCUGGCCGGGCCGGUCGAACAGGCGCAGGGAAGUGUUACAGGCUUUACUCUGAAUCUCACUUCAGAAUGAUGGAAGUACAUCAAGAACCUGAAAUCCGGAAAGUUCAUCUUGGCACUGCUGUUCUGAGAAUACUUGCUUUGGGUGUUAGGGAUGCACAGAAUUUUGAGUUUGUUGAUGCCCCAAAUCCAGAAGCAAUCAAUAUGGCUUUGAAGAACCUUGAACAAUUGGGUGCUGUCAAAUGUAAAUGUAAUUUGUUUGAGCUGACUGAUACUGGACGCUACCUGGUCAAAUUGGGAAUUGAGCCAAGGCUUGGCAAAAUUAUGCUUGAUUGCUUUGAUUCUGGUUUGAGGAAGGAAGGUGUAAUUCUAGCUGCUGUUAUGGCAAAUUCUAGCAGCAUAUUUUGUAGAGUGGGCACUAAUGAGGAGAAACAUAAAGCUGACCUUCAGAAGGUCCGAUUGUGUCACCAAGAUGGAGAUCUCUUCACUUUACUCGCUGUUUAUAAAAAAUGGGAGGAUGGGAAUGGAAACAGGAAUAUGUGGUGCUGGCAGAACAGCAUCAACGCCAAGACCAUGAGGAAGUGCCAGGAUACUAUAUCAGAGCUUGAAAAUUGUCUAAAGCAUGAACUCAACAUUAUUAUCCCAAGUUAUUGGUGUUGGAAUCCUGAGGUUCCCUCUAUGCAUGAUAAGUUGCUAAAGAGAAUUAUUCUAUCAUCUCUUGCAGGCAAUCUUGCUAUGUUUUUAGGACAUGAAAAGUUUGGUUACCAGGUGAUUUCGACAGAUCAGGCUGUGAACCUUCAUCCCUCAUGCUCAUUGCUCAAUUAUGGCAGCAAGCCAGAGUGGGUGGUGUUUACCGAAAUCUUAUCAAUCCCAAAUCAGUAUUUGGUAUGUGUAACUGCUGUUGAUCAUGAUGCGUUGUAUGCACUUCAUUCCAUGUCCUUCAUUCAUCAACUGGAGAAACAUAAGCUGCAGAUAAAAGUGAUUAGUGGGCUUGGUCAUAAUUUAUUGCGAAGAUUUUGUGGCAAAUAUGGCCAAAAUCAACACAGGAUUAUCUCACAUCUCAAGGAAGAAUGCAGGGAUGACCGAAUAACAGUCGAAAUUAACUUCAAAAACAAUGAAGUUGUGUUAUUUGCUACAAGGCAGGACAUAGAAAAGGUCUUCUGUAUUGUUAACGGUGCUUUGGAGUGUGAAGCUAAGAUGUUGAGGAAUGAGUGCCUCGAGAGAAGAUUAUUUCCUGGGAGGCCUGGCAGUUCUCCUCUUGCAUUGUUUGGCUCGGGUGCUGAAAUCAAGCAUUUGGAACUUGGGAAGAGGUAUCUAACAGUAGAGGUUCUCCAUCAAAAUGCCCAUGAUAUCAAUGACAAGGAGCUUAUUUUUUUGGUGGGCAGUCUGAUCCCCGGUGUCGCUAAUUUUCAUAAAUCAGCUGGGAACUUUCGGAUAGCCUCAGAUGAAACGAAAUGGGGGAAGUUUACAUUCCUCAAACCUGAAGAUGCUGAAGAUGCUGUGUUAAAAUUGAAUGGAAUAGAGUUUCAUGGUUCCUCAUUAAAAGUGGUUCCAGUAUGUUCUUCUGAUAAUCGAGGAUUACCAUUUCCUGCGGUAAGAGCUAGACUAUCAUGGCCAUGUAACCCAAGCAGGGGGCGUGCAUUUGGGACCCGUUUGCUCAGGCUCAGGGAAGCACCCAUAAUUGGCCCUUCUGUUUCUGCAUGUGAAGAAGCGCUGAUUAGAGAAAUUUCUUCAUUCAUGCCAAACAAGAGUUUUCCUGGACAAAAUUUCCGUGUUGAAGUCUUCCCUCCAGAGGAAAACAACUCAAUGAUGAGAGCAACUAUAACUUUUGAUGGAAGUCUUCAUCGAGAGGCUGCAAGAGCGCUGGACCAUCUUGAAGGAAGCUUUCUUCCUUGUUGUCAACCUUGGCAGAUGAUACGGUGCAAGCAUGUAUUUCAUAGUACUCUGUCCUGCCCAUUACAUGUUUACAAUGUUAUCAGCCAGGAAGUUAAUUCUCUGCUUGAGAGUUUCCGAAGCCAGAAAGGUGUGUCUUACAAUUUCGAAAAGACUGAUAAUGGUAUUUUCCGGUUAAAGCUCACUGCAAAUGCCACAAAAACAAUAGCAGAUUUGAGAAGGCCUCUUGAGAUUUUGAUGAAAGGCAACACUAUAAACCACCCUGACCUGACAAUAAGUGCAGUUCAGCUACUUUUGUCCCAUGAUGGUGUAGCACAUUUGAAAUCUAUUGAACAAGAAACUGGUACUUACAUUCUUUACGACAGACAAAGUCUGAAUAUUAAAGUCUUUGGGCACCAAGAUCAGAUGGCUACAGCAGAGACAAAAUUGGUGCACGCACUUACAGAGCUCCUUGAGAAGAAGCCCCUGGAAAUUAGUCUUCGUGGCCAUAACCUCCCUCCAGACUUGAUGAAGAAAACAGUAGAGAACUUUGGAGUUGAUCUGGAAGGACUUAAGAAAGAAAUGCCUGCAGUAAAUGUUGAGUUACAUAAACAGAGACAUCUACUUAAAGUUUGGGGUAGUAAAGAGGAUAAGCGAAGGGUUGAAGGGAUGAUCUCUGAGCUGAUAACCUCUGUUAAACAGAAUGCCCUGGUUCAACUUCCGUCAGGGAGUGUUGGAGGAAGUAAGGAUAAGCAAAGGGAUGACAAUGAGCUGGCGCAGGAUGCGUGCCCUAUUUGCUUGUGUGAGACUGAAGACCCUUUUGAGCUUGAAUCAUGUGGGCACAUGUUUUGUCGGGCUUGCUUAGUGGAUCAGUGUGAAUCUGCCAUGAAAUCUCAUGAUGCGUUCCCUGUUUGCUGCCUGAAAACUGGAUGCAGGAAGCCCUUCCUCAUAGUUGAUUUGAAGCACCUGGUGUCUAAUGAGAAGCUGGAGGACCUAUUCAGAGCUUCCUUAAGGGCAUUUGUUACAUCUAGAGCAGGAAUGUAUCGCUUCUGCCCGACACCCGAUUGCCAAUCCAUCUACCAAGUGGCAGCUCCAGAUGCAGAGACCAAGCCUUUUGUCUGCGGGGCUUGCUAUGUCGAGAUCUGCACCAAGUGCCAUCUUGAGUAUCAUCCUUUGAUGUCCUGUGAGGCUUACAAGCAAUACAAGGAAGACCCAGACGCGACGCUGCUUGAAUGGCGCAGAGGGAAGGAGAAUGUGAAGAACUGCCCUUCGUGUGGAUACACGAUCGAGAAAUCUGAGGGCUGCAACCAUGUCGAGUGCAGGUGCGGCAGCCAUAUCUGCUGGGCAUGCUUGGCGAACUUCAGGAGCAGCGAGGAGUGUUAUGGCCAUCUCAGGUCUGUGCACCAAUCCUUUGUGGACAUUGUGUAGAACCUGGAUGUAGAUUUUUGCACAUGCUGGCUGAAUGAUUAUAUUUGUUGUGUAUACAAUGUAGGAAGAUGAUGAUGUUCGUCUGUCUGUAUAUUAACCUUGUUAUAAUUGCAUGACGAUAACUAGCGCACAUCUGUGUUGAAAAUAUCUUGACCAUUUUA